UCUAAAUACAUUCUGAGAGACUGGGAGUGUUGUUGGCACAUAAAACUAAUUACAAACAAUGCAGUCAGUUGCGAUCUGUUUAUUGUUUGCGGCGAAUCAUUUUGUUUUGAGUUCGAAGAUUUCCAUUCGAGCUCAAGAAGGCGGAGAUGAAGUCCUCAUGAAAAAUAUUUCAGACCUACAUUUUCAAUUAUUUUCUUCCGUUCAAAAGAAGACAAAGAUGAUAAAGUCGGCCGUGUUCGAAACGCAAUGCAGUGGAUCAGGUUGUACGUUUAAUGGCUGCCAGUCAAGUGAGUCUGGAACAUGUGACGGGAAAAUGUUCAGUAAGCUGAAUCAAAUACAGUCCAGUAUCACCAACCUUUGGAAACGAAAGCCAGUAAAUAUCGUUUGUAAAAAAGGGUGGAAACGAUACAAUGGUCAUUGUUAUGUUUUGUUCAGUACAAGGGUAAACUGGUUUGAAGCACAGAUGUUAUGCAGAUCAAGAGGCGCAACUCUACUUCAGAUCGAUGAUACAAACGAAAGCAAAUGGCUGUCAAGAAAUUUCCCAAAUGUUAAUUACUGGAUUGAUCUUACUGACGUCGGUAAAGAGGGGCACUGGAUUAUGUUGUCAACUGGGAAACGAUCUACAUUUACUAGCUGGGACAGCGGACAGCCAGAUAAUUCGGGAAAUCAAGACUGUGCUUAUAAUAACUUUCGUAAGCGGCUUGGUAGAUGGGACGACCUGUCAUGCACAUCGAAAACACAAGUCAUGUGUGAAGAAUCAGGGUCUAGAUUCUGAAACCUGGUCCAAGGAAUGGAAACAUAUCUUUGUAUAGACAAUAGGAAAAUAAAAAGCAUAUUAAGGUA